UGCACCGAUCUGAAAGCCCUGCCUUGAGGAGCUCCAGGAUUGGGACGGCUUGUCGCCACCAGCGGCCCGCCAUCAGAAAGGAAAGCCUGUGGCCAGACUAGAGGAAGUCAAAGGAAGGUUUUGGCCUGUACCUGCAGGAAAAGAAGGAAGCGAUUGCAACUACAGAAAGAAACUGAGAGAAUGUACACCAAAAGGAGAGUUUACUCUCCCAAGGGACCUGUGCCAAGAGUUAAAAAUGUGAUAGCCGAAGAUCUGCAACACAUCGGCGCCUAUCAAGAGCUCAACACUGAGGAGCAAGUGCAAGCUUUCAUCGAUCCGAAGAUGUGCGUUAACUGCGGGAAGUGUUACAUGACCUGUAACGACGCUGGAUACCAGGCCAUUGUGUCUGACCCCGAGACUCAUCUCCCCAUGAUUCAGGACAGCUGCAGCGACUGUACUCUGUGCCUCAGCGUCUGCCCCAUCAUCGACUGCAUCAAGAUGGUUACCAGGACAACCCCUUAUGUGCCAAAGCAAGGCCUCCUUCAAGCCGUGGAGCCCGUGUGCUGACAGAAAACCCCAGACAAAACAAAAAGUCUAUAUCACAGCACUGAAUUUACUCUGUAAUUGCAGUGUGAAGAAUUAACUUUGUUGUGGGGUGGGGGGGGGGCAAAUAAUUAGAUUGAAAAAAAAAUAAUUGCCUUAUUUUCAGGAGCCAAUUAUCCAGAAAUAAUCUUAGGGGGUGUUAUUUUGAAACAAUAGCGAGGCGAUCUGUCGAGGUGAAGUUUCUGCCUCUCAUUCUCUGAGGGCUGAUGGAAAUGAAUCUGGCUGUUUAUGCAGAUGUGGGAAGACCACGCGUAUCCUUUAACAAGAGCCACAAUGAUGGAUCGUCCACUACAUCCAGAACAGAAUGCAAUCACAUAUACAAGAGCUGCUGAUGGGAAAUGAGGAAAUGAAUGGAUUUUAAUUGAAUGGUGGAUGGUUGGGCUCCGAAUCACACUCGAUGUUGUUUUCCAUAACGCAUGAUGAUUA